AUGGUGGACGACCAGUCUGCCAGUAUCACCGCGGCGUCGUGGACGCUCGGGGCUGUGUCGAUUAUGAUCGUUGGGCUUCGACUGUAUACCAGGCUUGUGCUGACUAGGCUUCCUGGGUGGGAUGACUUCUUCAUCGCCUUGGCUUUGGCGAGUGCAUUGGUUUGCUCCUCCCUCGCACAGGUGGCUGUCUCAUACGGCCUGGGAAUGCAUACGGACGAUAUCGCCAGUCCAGAAGACAAAGUCAACGCAGCAAAAUACACCGUCAUCGCGCCCAACUUCUCUGUCGUCAGUACCACGACAGGCAAGAUAUCCGUCGCCAUCUUCCUUAUCCGUCUCAUGGGCCAGUCGGCCAAGUCGUGGCAGCGGUGGUUUCUAUACAUUCUCACUGUGGUGUCUAUUGCCUGGAACGUGUUCGCCAUCGUCGUUAUCAUAGGCUUCUGUCGACCGCCAAAGAAGAUAUGGCUUCCUGACACCGAGGGGUCGUGCUUCUCGCUCCAGUUACAGCUUAUCGGGGGCACUUCCCAAGCAGCCUUCAAUGCAUUUGCGGACCUGGCCCUGGCGUUCUUCCCCGUUGUGAUAUUCUACCGCAUCCAGCUGCCUACCUUCAAGAAGGUCGGCAUCGUGGCCAUUUUGGGGGCUGGUGUAUUUGCGGCGGCGGCGACACUGGUGAAAUGUAUACUGUUGAAGAACCUGCCAGAACACGCCGAUAUAACAUGGUCCUGGGCUCCAAUCACUACAUGGUACUCUGUUGAGAUGUACGUGAUAAUCAUCUGCGCCACCCUCCCAACCCUCCCCCAAUGCUACACAGCCAUAACCCACAAACGCCAAACAUACUACAACUCCUCUACAUAUCCCUCCAGCAAAACCACGAGUAGGAAAGCCGCCAUCCGUCUCCAGCGCAUGCCCGAUGCCUCUCUAUUCGAAACAGCGGCCGUGGAUCGCGAGGGAAGCCAGGAAAAUAUUUUACGCCCCGGUCCAAUGGAUAUUACGAAGACGACGGAAGUCCAGGUCCAGCAAAGCCGGGAGUCCGGAGAGGCGAGCAGAGACGCGAGAGGGAAUGAAGCCUACUUCCCACGGGAGAGCCCAGGCCCAUUUCAGCGCUCCCGGUAG